AUGCGCUGUCAGUUCACGGAAGACUCCGACGGGGAGGAGAUCGACUUUGGCCACGACUUCGACUUAAGCUGGAGCGGAGACGAAUGUUUCCAGGACAAAUUCAUAAAGACCCGAGAGGCACUGGCAUUUUUGGUUUUUGGCUGCUGUGGCUCAUGUGGAUCUAAGGACCUGGAAAUAUCUACUUGUGGAACAUUGUGGCGUGAAAUUGGGCAAGGCGAUCAAGACGGCCAUUCCUUUACGAAAGACCACGAGGGCCUGGAUCUAGUUGUAUUUUGUGGAACUGACCCUCGCACAAGACCGACAUCGGCGUAUCUGGAGACACUGACCCAGAUUGCAUCGCUCGAUACAGCUCUCGAGUCCGAUAAACCGGGUGUGGACAUUGUGAUCCCAUCGCUAAGUUUGUAUCCGUGUCACGUCAUGUCUUCCGACGGAGGGCCGAAUAUCCUGAAAAAUGUUCUGAAAAGUGAAAAAAUGAUCCACGAACUGUGGAAAAGUGACAAACACAAAGAAGUGCCGGCUGGACAAUUCCGCUGCACUUUUGUGCUAAAUCCUUUGGUUGCAGACUUGGAAGAAAUCACAACGUGGCCGGAGAUGGCGACCAAAGUGGGCAAACUGAUCACUAAAAGCCUGUGCUUUUCAGAAAUUGAAAUGCGUGUUCACAGAGAUCCCACGUACGUGGGCGAUGAGAGAACGUCCAGACUCCUAUUUGGAGAGCUAUUUUGCGAGGCUGUUUAACUCUGCUCGACACUCUCGUGAUCUGACAUACUCUGCCGAAUUGUAUGGUGAGUCAUGGGACUUGAACCGAUUUCAGAUUGAUUUGUUAACACUGGGUCGCGGCCCCGGAACUGGUUUCAGCGAACUUACAUGCGAUGGGAUCGGCCAUGGUAGUCAACCAGACCACAAAAAAAGCUGGCAAUGCACUUAUUUUUUCCGAUCCAACCGUACGACGACUUCAGUUUUGACGACGAGAUUACUACUCAAUGAGUGGUGGCAAUGGAUUGCGUAUAGCUUUUUCUCAAAGCGAGCUCGA